CCAACCUGAAGUUUAAGCUGGGACGUCGAGAGACGGACGAGCGGCUGCAGAGCGAGCGGCAGCUGGUCGACUUCAAUGCUCUGAUCGAGUGCGAAGAGCCGAACAACCGCCUGGAUAAGUUCAUCGGGACGAUGACGUGGGAGAGGGAGCGGUUACCUCUGGACCUCGACAACAUGCUGCUCCGAGGCUGCACCAUCCGAAACACAGAGGAGUGUCACGGCCUCGUCAUCUUCGCAGGAGCCGACACCAAAAUCAUGAGGAACAGCGGGAAGACGAGAUUCAAAAGGACCAAGAUUGACGAGCUGAUGAACUACAUGGUUUACUCGAUCUUUGCGCUGCUGAUCCUGGUGGCGGCGGGGCUGGCCAUCGGUCAUGCCUUCUGGUACGAUGAGAUCGGCUCCAAGGCCUGGUAUCUGUUCGACGGUAAAAAUCAGGACGCCAACCACCGAGGCUUCCUCAGCUUCUGGGGCUACAUCAUCGUCCUCAACACCAUGGUGCCCAUCUCACUAUACGUCAGUGUGGAGGUGAUUCGCCUCGGCCAGAGUAAGUUCAUCAACUGGGACCUGCAGAUGUACUACUCAGAGAAAGACACGCCAGCUAAGGCUCGAACAACCACCCUGAACGAGCAGCUGGGUCAGAUCAGCUACAUCUUCUCCGACAAGACAGGAACUCUCACACAGAACAUCAUGGCGUUCAAGAAGUGCACCAUCGCCGGACGCAGCUACG